CUUUCCGUCAGCUGCUCACGCCUUCCCUCCGCUCCUGAUUCUUACCCUUGUCUCUUCAAACUCAGGCGCUAAGGUGUUGUUUCUCCGUCACAUGAGGCUGAUGACUUUGGGGACCAGCACAGCGUUCUUGUUUGAGGGACCAGAGUACUUUUUGCUUCUGGGAUUGGAAGAGACGCAGAGCCUUCCAGAAACCUGAGGCUGGCUGUGCCUUCCCCGGGAACCAGAGCCAGUGCUGCAGCUCAGCGAUGCCCUCCUAGCCAGCCACUGCGGGAUGGAGGGCUUCAUGGACUCAGGGACACAGACGGACGCCGUGGUGGUGCUGUCCUUGGCCCAGGCCGCAGUGCUGGGCCUAGUCUCAGAAAAUGAGCUCUUCGGAGCCACCAUAAGCGCUGAAGCCUUCUACCCGGACCUAGGGCCAGAGCUGUCGGGGGCAGCCAUUGGGGAGCCCCGGCCGCCGGGCCCCAGUGUCUACCAGCUGGCUUGCAACGGGCAGGCCCUGGAGGAGCCGGUGGAGGAGGAGGUGCUGGAGGUGGAAGCGGCCUUCGAGAAGCACACGCGGCGGAAGACACGGCCACCCGUGCGGCUGGUGCCCAAGGUCAAGUUUGAGAAGGCGGAGGAGGAGGAAGAGCAGGAGGUCUAUGAGGUCUCCGUGACUGGGGAUGACAAGGGUGCGGGGCCACGCGAGGCCCCUGCUGAGGUCGCUGCGGGUGGCUGCGAGGCACUGGUGCAGAGCAGCGCCGUCAAAAUGAUCGACCUCAGCGCGUUCAGCCGCAAGCCCCGGACGCUCCGGCACCUGCCUCGAGCUCCAAGGCCGGAGCUGGACGUGGCCCCCUACGACCCUCACUUCCCCGACCCAGCCCGGGAAGGCUUCCCCGAGCCCAGUGUGGCGCUGCCCGGGCCAGAGGCCUUGCCCUCAGAGUGCGGUUUUGAGCCACCCCACCUGGCCCCCCUGAGUGACCCCAAGGUCCCCACCAUGACCUCCCCAGAGCCCGUGAAGCCGGAGCAGGGCUUCGUGUGGCAGGAGGCGGGCGAGUUCGAGGUGGACGCCGCAGGCUCCACCGUGGAACGCCACAAGAAGGCCCAGCUGGACCGGCUGGACAUCAACGUGCAGAUCGACGACUCCUACCUGGUAGAGGCGGGCGACCGGCAGAAGCGCUGGCAGUGCCGCAUGUGCGAGAAGUCCUACACAUCCAAGUACAACCUGGUGACGCACAUCCUCGGCCACAACGGCAUCAAGCCCCACUCGUGCCCGCACUGCAGCAAGCUCUUCAAGCAGCCCAGCCACCUGCAGACACACUUGCUCACGCACCAGGGCACACGGCCCCACAAGUGCCAGGUGUGCCACAAGGCCUUCACGCAGACCAGCCACCUCAAGCGCCACAUGCUGCUGCACUCCGAGGUCAAGCCCUACAGCUGCCACUUCUGCGGCCGCGGCUUCGCCUACCCCAGCGAGCUCAAGGCCCAUGAGGUGAAGCACGAGAGUGGCCGCUGCCACGUCUGCGUUGAGUGCGGCCUGGACUUCUCCACUCUGACCCAGCUCAAGCGCCACCUGGCCUCCCACCAGGGCCCCACCCUCUACCAGUGCCUCGAGUGUGACAAGUCCUUCCACUACCGCAGCCAGCUGCAGAACCACAUGCUCAAGCACCAGAACGUGCGGCCCUUCGUGUGCACGGAGUGCGGCAUGGAGUUCAGCCAGAUCCACCACCUCAAGCAGCACUCGCUCACCCACAAGGGCGUGAAGGAGUUCAAGUGCGAGGUGUGUGGCCGCGAGUUCACCCUGCAGGCCAACAUGAAGCGGCACAUGCUGAUCCACACCAGCGUCCGGCCCUACCAGUGCCACAUCUGCUUCAAGACCUUUGUGCAGAAGCAGACCCUCAAGACCCACAUGAUUGUACACUCGCCCGUGAAGCCAUUCAAGUGCAAGGUGUGCGGCAAGUCCUUCAACCGCAUGUACAACCUGCUGGGCCACAUGCACCUGCACGCGGGCAGCAAGCCCUUCAAGUGCCCGUACUGCUCCAGCAAGUUCAACCUCAAGGGCAACCUGAGCCGGCACAUGAAGGUCAAGCAUGGCGUCAUGGACAUCGGCCUGGACAGCCAAGACCCCAUGAUGGAGCUGGCAGGCCCUGACCCCUCCGAGCUUGAUGGCCAGCAGGAGCUGGAGGACUUCGAGGAGAACGCCUACUCCUACGGUGGCGUGGAUGGCAGCGCUGAGGCGGGCGCGCUGGCCGGGCAGGCCAUGAAGGAGAUGGCCUACUACAACGUGCUAUAGCGCGGCAGGCAGCGAGGGCUCGGGCGGCUGGCAUGGGGGUGAGACCUGAGCUUCGGGCCGCACCUCCGCAGCCCAGACCGAGAUACCACCCCACAGCCUGGCCUGCGCCCCCCACCCAGUCCUUUGCACCACUAGGGACCUUUAGACCAAAUGGAGACUGUACUACUGGCCUCGCCGGAGCCGGGCAUCCCGGCGAGGGGAGGGUCACCGAGAGGCCCAGGCCGGGUCUCCUUGACCUGCUGCUGGGGGCGGUGGUAGGGGGAAUGCUGGCGGAAAGGGCACAGGGCCACCUCAGGCCUGCAGAGCUGCCCUGGGUCCUGACACUGCAGGGAGAGGUCCCCGAGCCAGGCCUGUUUCUCUUCUGGACCAAUCCAGGGAUGUCUGAGCCGUCUGCUGGCCGGCACCGCCCACCCCGCCCGACCCAGGCCCAGAGCCCCUUUGCCCACCCAGCCACCCCACCUAGUCACCGGACAGCCCGGCAGGGUCUUCUGCCUUCUACCUCGGGGCCUCCCUCGCACCAAGCCCCGCCGACCUGUAGGAAAGCUGGACACCGCGCCUCCCGCCACCCCGAGAGCCUGUCCUGCAGCCCUGUUUGGAAGGAGCAUCCCUGAGGCAGAGUUUGAUAAAUUUUACCCAGUUCUGUCCUUGGCUGGGGUACCACACAAGGUCCCCCACUAAACAACACCAGGACGCCCGCAGGGCAGGCACACAGGAGCCGAGACAGAUGGAGCAGGCAGGGCACAGCAUCCCUGGGGACAAGAGGGGCCGUGCUCAGGGAGGGCCAAGGCCCGCCUGUGGGGGAGAGGGGACCUUAGUCAUUGAAAUGGGGUUAGCCACGAGUCAGCAGGCUCCCGGAAAAGAGAAGCGUAUUUAAAAAGGAAAAUGAAGACCAUAGAGGAAAACAGAUUUUUGAACAAAUGGGGGUAUUAUGAAGGUAAUUUAUUAUUUUUUUUUUUCUUUGCAACUCUGUGUCGCCUGUUAUCCUUCUGGAUAGAGAUGCAUUUCUUUUUCCACACGUAAGCUUUCUUGUGUGCUGUGCGUGUUUUGUGCCUCCUCAGCCCCGGGCAGCCUGGCCGGGCUCUGGGGACCCAGGCGCUCAGGCCUGGAGGUGCAGCCAGGGGCGGAGGCUGGGAGUUGGGGCGGGAGCUGGGGACAGCCGGGGCCUCUGCUCCGUACCACGUCUGUGCCUGACAGCCUGGGCCACUCGCCCACCCACUGCCACCCCUCCCCGACGCAGUGGGGCAGCACAUUCAGGAACUCCAGGGUGCCCAGCUCUGCCACUGGCCUCCCAGGCUCCAUGGGGAGGGGCAGGCAGGGCUGUCCCCACAGGCAUGGGUGACACUGGAGGGACACAGCUGGGCUGUCCCCGACGCGGUAUCCCUCAGUGAAGGACCAAGCCAGGCCUCAGGGUAAUGGAUGGACAGGGCUGGGGGUAAACACUGGCCCCCAAGUGUGGCUCUCCAGACCCCAAACCCCACCCCCCUCUGGCCUCCCAGGUGCCCGCCAUGAUGACCCUCAGGUGGCAGUGACUCCGGCGUCACUGUACAAGACAUUUUCUCCUGCUGAGCAGAAAGCAUCACCCCUGCAAACUACCUCUUCCCACGUCUUUCUCCCCUGGUACCAAAAAGAACCCUGCUCCUCCUCCCCCUGCCAGCGCCUGGGCACUUCUUGGAAGCCGGGCCCCCUCUCCUGCCCUCUCCCCCAGCGCCCUGGCCCUGCCCCCGCAAGGCUCCUACUUGAACGCCCCUGCCCUGUGCCUUGUACCCGGGCACCGCAAAGGGAGCAGACAGCACACUCCAGUCUAGCGGGGCAGCCUCGGCCAAGCUCCGGCCCUCACCCCUCGGCCUCUCGGGUGACCUGCAGACUCCUGGAUGGAUUCCAUUCUAACUUAUUUUCACGUGUAUCCGAACCGACCAUUAGAGACCCCACUUGUGCAAAACCCUACUGUGUUUUUAUGUUCCUGUUUAAGAGAGAAGUUUACUUAGCAAUAAUUAUAAAUAAAUGAAUAUUCUUUAGUGA